AAUUAAUGGGCCAAAGAGGGGCUUAAUUUCAUACAAUUUUAUAUUUAUAUCGUGUGUGCUCAAUCCGCAACAGGCGCGUGAAGAAGCUUUAUUCUGCUUGCAACUACAUCUACCGGGCAGUUAUGACGACCACUCAGCAUUUCCGUAAUUUUCCUAAAAAACAAGGGCAUAUUUGUUAGAAUCUAAAAACCCCUGGGGCCCAUCGUCAUUUCUUCCUCACUCCCACACACAGACGGCAGUCUCGGCACUCCCACACACAGCUCCGUCCCACUCCCUAUAUAUACUCCCAAUCCCAAAUCUAUACGUACAGAACACUUCCUUACCAGCAAUGUCGGCCUACGCCACCCAUACGGAUCCCUCGAUUUGGCGUGCCACUGCCGGCGCCGCAGUCGAAAUCCCAACUGUCAAUUCCCGCGUCUACUACUUCCCACAAGGCCACCUGGAACACUCCUCCCCAGUCAGAAACAACAAUAUUUUGCUCAAGACCCAUUUGAUUUCCUGCCAAGUCCUCGAUGUUUCAUUACUUUCCGACUCUUCCUUCGACCAACCAUUCGCCAAACUCAGUCUUCUUCCCCUCCAGUCACAUGGGCAGCACGUGAUUACGGAUAAUGUUGAGAAAAGGGAAUUGGACGAAAGCGAUGUGGUUUCGUUCGCGAAAAUUUUGACGCCGUCAGAUUCGAACAACGGCGGGGGAUUCUCUGUUCCCAGAUUCUGCGCCGACUCGAUUUUCCCGCUGCUCGAUCUCUCGGCCGAACCUCCGGUUCAGAAUCUUGUUAUUAAGGACAGUCAGAACAAUGCAUGGAAGUUUCGACACAUUUACCGAGGUACGCCGCGUCGCCAUUUGAUCACCACUGGCUGGAGCCGGUUUGUCAACAGCAAGCGGCUUGUUGCGGGAGAUUCGGUGGUUUUUAUGCGGAAAAAAUCAACCGGCGAAUUGUUUGUCGGAAUUAGGCGUGCGGUUCGGGAGACUGUUAGCGUUUGGAAUUAUCCAAUGGCUGUGGAAAACUCGACAGUGAAAAGAAAGUACGGUAAUAAUUGCAAUGGUGGUGAUGGGAAAGAGAAAGAGGUAAUAGAGGCAAUUGAGACGGCAGAGAAGGGGAUGGCGUUUGAGGUGGUGUAUUACCCGAGAACGGGGAUUCCAGAUUUUGUAGUGAGCACGGAGAAAGUGGAGGACUCGCUUAGUUUCUGCUGGAGCGUAGGCAUGCGUGUUAAGAUGGCUGUGGAGACUGAGGAUUCCUCACGCACGACUUGGUUCCUGGGCACUAUUUCGUCCAUGACUUCCUCCGGAGGGGUGCCGGGGGGUGAUUCUCCUUGGCGCAUGCUUGAGGUGACGUGGGAUGAACCUGAAGUUCUGCAGAAUGUGAAGACAGUAAGCCCCUGGCAAGUUGAAUGUGUUCUGCCCGAACCACAGUUUCAUUCUGCACUUCAUCCUCUGAAAAAAUUCAAAGUCCGGAAAACUCCAGGGAAGCUACCCGAUGGAGAGGGAGAGCUCUUCAGCCCUACUACAGAGUCGACCGACUUGAUGAUUGGACAAUUGAACUCAUCAAUGUUCAGUUAUAAUUCAUUUCCUGCUGGCAUGCAGGGAGCCAGGCUAGAUCAGUUUUGUGCCACUUUAUCUAACUCCCACAGUGAUAAUUCGCUUCAAAUGUCUACUAAUUACAUGAAGAACGGCACACAACCUGAACUGAAAAUCUCCACAGAACUAAAUAUCGGAAGUUCGCGUGUGGACAAUUUAUCAAGUGAUAGUCAGAGCAGUGUGAACUUAUCUUCCACUGAGUUAGUUGGAAAACAGGGAUCUGUUUCUUCAAUCCAGUUGUUUGGAAAGAUCAUUUCUACAGUAGAGUCUGUCGAAGCUUGUUCUGACAACAAUGUUAGUUGUACUGAAGGUGAAAGAAAUGCCUUGUACAGUGAGAGUGAUGCUGUUAUUGACAAGCAAGGUCCUUCUUCUACAGACUCUAGUUCAGAACUUUUGGAUCAUUCUUAACGAGGCUUAGCUAUUGCAGCAUGUUCUAUAUGAAUUAGUUUUUCUUGCUGACAAUUAAAUGCUGUACAGGUAUUCAAUGUUUCCCCUUGAAUCUUGCUGUUGUUUUGUCGCGAUGAAACCAAUAGCUUCUUUAUUCUUGCAGUUUACAGUUGUAUUAGGAGCAUCAAAAUUCCUUAUUUGAUAACAAUUUGGAACUUGGUUAAUUUCUUCUUAUCAUUAUUGAGAGAAUGACGUGACAAUCCAUUAGUUUGGUUCCAUGGCAUAAGGUUUUUUGGUUGCUCAACUUAAACAACCAAGUUGUUUUGCAUUCGACUAGAUGUGCUUCUCUGCCUGAAAGAAUACCACAGCAAAGCUGUUUUUUUUUUUCUAAUGGAGAUCAAUAAAGUGAAGAUAUGUUUUGCUAAUCAAUAGCUUACUUAAAUUAACAAGGCUAUAGCUCCUUAACUCCUUACCUCAAGAAGCCGGUAGCUCUUAAGCUCAAUAAUGUAAGUACCAUUUUCUCCCUAACCCUUCUGGGAGAAUACUGGGAAGAGGAAAGUUACAGAUUGAGCACUUGAGAAGGACGGAGACCUAAGCAUGAAAAUGAACAAUUUAACCUUUAUAUUAUUCUGGCUGGGCAGAAUGUUUGACCCUUUUUCUAGUGAGUUUAAGCUUGUAACUAUUCUUAUGUCGAGGAGUUUGCUAGUCUUCUUCCUGACCUCCAAUAGCAUUUCUGUUGCUAUUAUUUUGUGUAAUUAUUUGAACAUUUU